UCCCCUCCCUGCGGGCUCGGCGCGUUCCGGAGGGACCGAGUUCAUCCCAAACCACAAUUGCUGCUUGGGCUGGGCCCGGAUGUGCUGGAAAUACCCAGGGCCGGGCUCCUGGGCCCUAUAAAGGUGCUGCAGGAGCAGGGCAGCGAGGGCAGAUCCGGCACGGAGGCACCAUGAGGCUCCUGCUCCUGCUGCCCCUCCUGGCCCUGCUGGCCCUUGGCCUCUGCCGCACAGCUCCGGAGGGCUCCGUCAGUGCCGACUCCCCCAGUUCCAAAGCCUUUGUGUCCAAACGCGCCAGCACGGAGAUGCGGAGGCACAAGAGGAAUUACGCCUAUGACAGUGCCUAUGGGGCCGUGCGGGACCCGCUGGAGGCCAAGCGGGAGGUUUGCGAGUUCAACCCCGCCUGCGAUGAACUCGCCGACCUCAUCGGCUUCCAGGAAGCGUACCGGCGGUACUACGGCUUCGCCUGAGCCCCACAGCGCCCCACAGCGCCCCACAGCGCUCCCAGCACCAGCGUUACCUCCCCCCGCCCAACAGCUCCGGUUUCAGCCCGUGCCUGGUAACGGGAUGGAAAUAAACGCACAAAACGGUG